AUGCGUACAUCUGUGAGACAUCUGUACAAUAUCUGCCAACGUGUUACUGGUGCACUGCUCUGGUAUGGUAGAGCCUUACUGGGAAUGAAAGUUCGCGGCAGAUAUGGUGGAACUGUGGACUAUCUUUUGGUAUAUCCAAUCAAAGCCGUAUCAACUGGACUGAAAGUGGAAGAGUGGGAGCUGGAUCAUUAUGGGCUCAAACACGACAGACAGUAUGUUAUAUGUAAGUACGACACGAUCAAGGAGUGUUACAUGCCAAUAUUACUCAAAGAAGUCCCUAAACUUUCAUCGGUCCAUGUAUCGCUUGGCGAUGGGAGCUUCAAGUUCGAAUACCAUAGCACGGCUACAGAUGAAAAGGCGGUGUUUUAUCUCCCAAUGAAUGUGACGGACGACUAUGUGGAACAGCACAGCUCUUUCGGAACUGAACUAAAGCCGAUCAGCUUGUGGCUGGCCACUCUACAGGGCUAUAUCUUGGAUAAAGCUCUGGAUCCCGAAUUUAUUGCCAGUAUGGGAUUACCCAAAGAGGCUGUACUGGUUUAUUCUCCGAACGGCAAAGCCUGCAAGGUGGGAGCGCCAAAGAACGUUGACAGAAAAACGCUAUUCCAUGAUUACUACCCGAUGCUCAUGACUUCUCAGGAGAGCUACGAAGAGGUCAAACGAAAUGCUGGGGAGAAGGGAAAGUACGUUCGAAUGGAAGCGUUCCGUCCGAACUUGGUUAUCAGAGAUGUUGACAAGCCUUUUGCAGAGGAUUUCUACCACAAAUUUGAUAUCGUGGGAAAGGAUUCGCGUAUUCGCUUCACUGGUGCAUUAAAGUGCAUUAGAUGUACCAUUCCCAACAUCGACGUUUCCAAUGGAACAAUGGACAAACAUGGCACCAUUAGUAAGACGAUGUCGAAAUAUAGACGCGUGGACGAAGCGAAUCCUUAUAAGAGCUGUUUUGGAAUGUACGUGAUCCAGCACGAAAAGAAUUUCGUCAUCAGAAAGGGAAACAAGUUGGACAUUCUACAGAAAAAGGCCAUGAAAAUGGAUGAAAACCCGUUCUAUUAA